UUUUUUUUAAUUCUUUGCGAUUCUAGACCAUCGUCCUUCGGGCAAAGCCUCACCAAGCUCGGUUUCAUUGCUUUGCUGUUUUUGUUUUGUUCUGCUUGUGCCUCUGCUCCCUCGCUAGCAACCAUGCUGAAGCGAGUGGCCUGUACAUUGAUUUCGCUGGUGCUACUGGCUGGCAUUGCUCGCGCCGGGCCUGGAACGCUCAGACUGAAAUUCUAUGGGGUGAACGGUGAUGGCCCUGAAUGUGAAACUAUGUCGAGCUGUGAUUUUGAAGUUGAAUCCAUCUUCGCAUACACCACAAGUGCUGGUACCACCACCCAAAAAAUUGGUCUCGGCGAGAUAUCCAACAAUAAUUCGCCUCGCUGGAAUUAUGCUUUUAACGCAACGUAUUUCCCCACAUUCACGGGAUCGAUCACUUUUAGCAUUGAUUUGAUCGAGAGGGAUUCGCCUUUGGAAGGUGGUGAUGACGACUACGGUGCGGUUACGUACAACGUUCCAGUCACCGCAGGCGCGGCAGCAGCGGACGUCACUAUGAGCGGCUUUUGGAUGGUUAACAACGUCUUCAUCAACGUACAGUUCACCUGCAGCACCGACUACUAUGGCAGCACGUGCGACACCUACUGUACGACAAACUCUGGCAAUUGCAACUCGUGCAACUCCACAGGUGGCUGUAGCACCUGUGCCACUGGUUACUCUGGCCCGAACUGGCCUUGCACCGCGACCCCCAACUGGUGCACCAUUCCCGGUACGGCUGUUGGCGGUGGCACGAGAAGCUGUGCCAACACCAUCAAUGGCGUUUGUUCAACCUCCUGCCACAGUGGCUACACACUGAGCGCUGGCACGGCAGCCUCGACGACGUGCCUCUCGUCACAGAUGUGGUCUUCAGGCAACCCUGGCGUCUGUGUCGUCAACAAUAAUUACUGCACUGCCAAGGCAGCCCCGACGAACGGCCAAAUGUCCUGCACAAACAUUUUCGCCUUGAACUCCGUCUGCUCCUUCUCUUGCAACAACGUUGGCUAUACCUUUGCUGGAUCUUCCUCGUUCACUUGCAACAGCAACACACAAGCAUCCGGAUCCUGGUCUGCUGGCACAAACCCAACGUGCACCCCCAUCACCAACUUCAGCCCAACAGUCCCCGUUCCGAGCGGUGCCACCUCGUUUAGCACCACCGAGAGCGUCGAGGUGUCCAUUGCUUCCGUUACUGCAUCAUCAUCGUCGAUUGCCUCACAAUCGCCCACUUCUGUUGCUUCAGAUGCAUCCACUACCUCGGCAGUUUCUGCGUCUGUUAGUUCUGAUACCUCGGUGCUGAUGGCUUCUCUUGUAUCAACCGCAUCGGCAUCUGCUGCAUCCGUUGCAUCCUCCAUUGUGCAACACAGCAGCGACACCCAAGCUUCAUCUUCAGCAGCUGCCGUCGCUGCUGCUGUUGCUUCUGUUGCCGUUGUUGCGAUAAUUGCAGCGGUCUUGAUCGUGCUGCGACGCCGUCGAUUGCAACGACGCUCAACUGCGCGACCGAAGAACUCUGUAAAGGACUCUGCCAGCCCCGUCUAUCAGGAGGCUAUUGAAAUGACAACAUCUCCUCUGGCCCAUCCGACGCCAGAACCGACGGACUCUGCCAAUCCCAUCUAUCACGAGGCUUCGGAACUGACAGGCUCCUCCAUGCCCCAUUCGACGCGAGCUCAUAGAGAGGAGGACAUUGCCGCUUAUGCCACGGCAGGUCAAAAGCAGCCAGAGCCGUUGUACCAAGCCAUCUCAACGACCUCUCCGGAGGUGGUAUAUGAUUAUGCAAGCGCGUAUGUUGCUGGCAGCAAUUCUCGUCGCGUUCGUGAAGGCUUGACCAUUGUGAAGCAUCUUGCCAGCGGAAACUUUGGCGAUGUGGCACUGGGCCAAGUGCCGUUCAGCGUCUUGCCCGAACGAGCGCGAACCUUGCUUGGACCUGCAGCGCCCGAAACCGUGCAGGUUGCAGUCAAGUCGCUCAAGUCUGAUGCAGACGAGAAAUCCCGCAAGGACUUUGAAAGCGAGGCGAAACUGAUGGCACCGUUUGUGCAUCCGAAUGUCGUGCGCCUUCUUGCGGCUUUGGUCGAGUCAGAGCCCCAUCUCGUUCUGCUCGAGUUUGUGCAGUACGGCGAUUUGCGUUCACUGCUGCAAAAGUCCAAAAAACAGUCAUUCAAGUGGUCUGAGAACGAGCAAAUCAAUGCGAUUCGUCAGAUUGCACUCGGCAUGGAGUAUCUGGGCACGCUCCACUUUGUGCAUCGCGAUCUCGCUGCGCGCAACUGCCUCGUGGGCCAAGGCAUGGUGGUCAAGAUUGCCGAUUUCGGACUUUCUCGCGAGCUGGCCGACGAGAAUGAUUACUACCGCAUGGAAACGCGUGGCAAACUUCCUGUGAAGGUGGGUCAAUGGCUCCUUUGA